GGUAAUUGGACAGCUGGUGCUGGGGAUAAUACUAAUAACAGCCAGCAGCCCUUGCAGACAUAAUUAACAAGGCCGUUUCUCUCGCGUUCGGGUUUUUUUGUCGUACUCGUAUUCGUAUCUGACAAUCUCCUACACGACGGCUUCUGAGGAUAUAUAGGCUUCGCGAAGACUUCGCUCGGAAUGUCUCCUGGAUACGUGGAGUAUCACAAACCAUAGCCCUUUGAAUCUUUUGACAAUGGCCCCCUUCAAAGUCGUCGUUCACUCACUCACGUCCGAGCCCACUGACAGCUCCCACAGUCCCAGCCUUACCGCGUAUGAAUCCGAGCCUUUCUCCUCUCCCAACGCCCUAGUCUUCAUCCAUGGCCUGACAGCUGGGCCCCACACAACAGAUCUUACACAUCUGCGGGCCGCUCUCCCUUCUGAGUACUCCAUCUGGGAGCUGCGUAUGCGAAGCUCCUACUCUGGAUGGGGGUAUUCCUCCCUUGACAACGACGUCCAGGACCUCACACGACUCGUCCGCUACCUGCGUGAGGACCUCAAAAAUAAAAGGAUCGUUCUGAUGGGCGCUAGCACUGGAUGUCAGGGUGCCCUCGAGUACAACAACCAUUCUAGUCAGCCUCCGCGUGUUGAUGGGUACAUCUUGACAUCUCCUGUCUCGGACAGAGAGGCUGCCAACGCCCUCUGGUCGUCCGAGGCACUGGCUGAGAGCUUGGCUGUGGCGAAAGAGUUGAUAGACCAAGGAAAGGAGUGUACUACCAUGCCAAAGGAGCAUGUUCCUUUUUUUGCAACGCCAGUCACGGCGGCGAGAUGGGGGAGCUUUGCUGCCACUGGUGGCGCCGAAGACUACUUCGCUUCAGACAUUUCAGAUGAGGUCCUCGCAGACAAAUUUGGCAGGGUGGAUAAGCCAUUGUUGAUCUUGCCUGCUGAGAAGGAUGAGAUGAUCCCGGCAUCGGUCGACAAGCAGCGGUUGUUGGAGAGGUGGAGUACAGCGGCCCCUAAGGGGAUGGUAAGUGAGCUCUCGGGGCUCAUUCCUGAUGCUGAUCAUGUUGUAUCCUCUUCUGAAGCCCAAAAGUGGCUUGCCGAGAGGGUUGCCAAGUUUCUGUCCAGCAUCUGAGUAUGCUGUCAUUUUAGAUAUUGGCAAAGACAAAGGUGGCUAUGCGUUUGUUUGUUAAUAAACAACGUGUUUUCAGAUGGCGUGUCGUUUUGUUGUGCGUUUGCAACUGUGCUGUGAAUUAGUAGCCCUCGGUGUUGAUAUACUGGUUGACACCAAACUUUGCCCACCCCGAGGCUAGGAU